GCGAAAAAAGACGAUUUAAUUUAUUUAUUUAUAAAUAUGAGUACAACUACACUUGGCAACUUAAGUUAAUCAAUCCACCAAGCUCGCAAUUUAGUGGCAGGCGCAGUACCAAGUUAGCCACUGUGAGUGUAUUAUCCACUAUAACGAUUUGUUUUGAUUUCAACACACGUGCGUCUGCCGUGUAUUCCCACUUGCACUGGGAAUGGAUGAUGCAAGCCCGGCUAAGAAAACCAAGAUGACAAGAGAUAUCGAGUCCGAUCCGCAGGCAGCUGUAAGCUGCGCUCACUGGGUGCACCGCAAAAAACGCUUCUGCAAAAUGACCGUAAAUAAAGGCAGUUUGUUUUGUGGAGCACACGAGCCGCCAACGGAAGAAUCCCUGGAGAACUCGGAAGCGGAGCGCAUUCCAUGUCCACUGGAUCCCAAGCAUACAGUCUUCAAGCGCAAAUUGGCCAAGCAUUUGACCAUCUGCAAUGCCAGAGAACAGACGAGCACAGUGUCCUACAUAGUCAAAGACAUAAAUGCUGGGGAGGAGCUGGAAUUGAACAGUCAGCAGGAGAUUGAUAACUGCGAUAAACUAAAGCUGCAUGAGCUGGAGGAUGCAGAGUUCUUCAGCGUCAUAGAGAAAGUGAAGCAGCUUUAUGACACACACAUAGCUUGUCAAAUUGAGGAGAUUCACCUGCAGCACGCAUCUCUCGAGGAGCCGCUUAGCCACGAGGAGUACGGCCUGGAAACUCGCAAGCAUUUGGUACAAACUUCCGCCUUGCUGGGAAUUCUGGAGCACGAUGGUCAACUGAGCGAGAACACCAGCUACAUUGAGUUUGGCGCCGGAAAGGGUCAACUAGCCUUUUACCUGGCCACAGCGCUUGACUCCCAACAGCUGCUCCAGUCACAGGUGGUGCUGGUAGAUCGUCUUUCGCUGCGUCACAAGAAGGACAACAAGUUGGCCAACAAGGAGCUGGUGCAACGCAUUCGUGCAGACAUUGCGGAUCUCAAGAUGUCGGAGCUGCCAGAACUGCAGCGAACCCAACGAAAUGUAGCACUAUCGAAGCAUCUAUGUGGAGCGGCUACGGAUCUUACACUGCGCUGCAUACUGGACGACCCGGCAUGCUCCACGGAAUAUAUUUUGAUAGCGUUAUGCUGCCAUCAUCGCUGCUCCUGGCGUUCCUACGUCGGCAAGUCCUGGCUACAAGGAGCGGGCUUGACGCCACGUCAGUUUGUCAUCAUGACCAAAAUGGUCAGCUGGGCUGUGUGCGGCAGCGGACUCAGUCGAGAACGUCGCAAGGCAAUGGCGGAGGCAGAGGCGGAUCCACAGAAGGAACAACCGCAUCCGGAGCCAACUCAAAGAUUAAACCGUGAGGAACGAGAGUUAAUUGGAUAUCAAUGUAAGCGUGUCCUGGACUAUGGACGUCUGGAGCACCUGAAAGCCAAUGGUUAUGAUGCCUCGCUAAAGUUCUAUGUGCCACGCGAUGUCACCUUGGAAAAUGUGAUUCUAUUGGCACGACGCGCCAAUCUUAAGUGCAAUAAAACUGACAGUUGACCAACUUAUUU